UGGGGCGAUCCUGUGAGGCAGGAGCCGCCCUCCUCCUGCUGCACUUGUCAAAGGGCACUGAUCGCAAAUUACAUCCCAGUCGUGGCAACAGACGCACACACGCAAAUAACACCGGGACACCCUGUCUCCUAGAGUAUAGCUAAUAUACAGACAGGACAUUUUUUACACUCACUUUUUCUAAUUAGAUGCCACUAUGUUGCCUUUCAAGAGAACUUUUGAAAGCGAGAAACACCAGCUGCAGGAGCUCAACGGCAGACUUGUCCAGUAUCUUUCCAGAACCAAGCAGCUGGAGCAGGAAAAUGCGCAUCUUAUUACUGAAAUAAAUAAACUCAGACAAGCGAAGACGGCGGAAUGGGAGCCGAAGUACAUGGGCGAGAUGCGGGAUCUGAGGAGAAUGGUGGAGCAGCUGUCGUUUGAAAAGUCCCAGGCGGAGAUGGAGAGGGAGAAGCUAUGGCGGGAGUUGCAGAUGAUCCAGUCUCUGUGCAGCGAGCAGACGGGGGUGUGCAGGGACAUCAGUGGCGAGCUAAAGAGCUACGAGAAGGAGCUUCACCACGCUCACAAGACCAACGGUGAACUCCAGCAGCGUUUAUUUCAACUAGAGAACGAGCGUAAACGCUUAGAUGAUGCGCACAAACGAGAAAAGGAGCAUCUCCGGCGCCAGGUGGAGUCCCGGAUGGUACCCAUCAUCACGCAAACUUAUCGCGGGCCUCCGGCGGCCACCAUGGAAGAGGUGCAAGAGUAUGCCCGCGGUCUGUCCGAAGGAUGGAUUGAGACCUUUGAAAUGUACCAGCUGAAGGUGGAAGAGAUGGAGCAGUCGAUUAAAGCGGACCAGGCGAGGUUGAGUGAUCUGCAGAGGGAGAAGAUGAUGUAUGCCUCAGAGUUGGACAAAUUACGCGCAGACGCGGAAAAACAAGGUCAGAUUCAAUUCCGCCUUGAAGAACAACUGAUGCAGAUGCAGGAGACAUAUCGGGUGGACUUCAGUGAAUAUCAGAUGAUUAUUCAGAAGCUGGAGCACGAUAGGAAUAUGAUGGCUGAUGCUAUUGCAGAUAAGAUGCGAGAGCAUCAGCACCUUCUCCAGGUUAAGAUGAAUCUGGGCAAUGAGGUGGCUGCAUACAGGGCUCUCCUGGAAGGUGAGAGAGUGGAUCUGCAAGAUGCUCAUAGGAGGGGGACUCAACAGCAAAGAGAAAGAAUAAUAGAUAUAAGGUUGCCUGCCCAGCCCUACACUCCAAGAGCUCCCACCCUAACCACCAGAAAACAUAUGGAUAUCAGGUACAUGCCGCUGACUUCAAACCUGAGAAGAUCCCCUGUGCCUCCCUCUGGGUCCAUAAGUCCCUCUAGGAUCAUUCCUAUUUCAGUUGCAGGCAGAGCUCGGCAUCAGAGUCCUGCAUCCAGAAGGGACAUGAUCUCAUUCUCCAAAGCUCAGGCUGCCGCCUCUGCCCCUGCUACCACCACCACCACCACUGCCACUGCCAAAGCUAAACAAACCGGCCAGAGUGAAUACCAAAUAAGACAACAUGUACAGAAAAUAGCAGCAGAUGAGAAAACUGUGAAAAUCAAACCGGUUUCUCAGGUAGAGAACCAAGUCAGUCCCAUCGAGUCCUCCACUGCUGAGACUAAAGCAGUGAGAGUGGUGUCGCCACCAAUGAUGAGCCUGAGCAGGAAAACUGAGACCGAAAGCAAAAAGCAAGUGUCCGAUGAAAAAGAGAAUGAUAAUGUUUAUGGAGAGGAGUUCAAAGAAAAAGAGAAAACAGAGCACGCAUUGGCCCCAUGUGAGAAUAAGAUGUUAGACUCUGUGUCUGUAGACGAUAUCAUCGAGAAAGCGAUGAGACCAGCAGGUUUGGGAGCUAAGGUUUGCUCCUCGGGAGAAUCGAAGGUAAGGUAUCACGUGGAGAAAACUGAGCAGGAGGAUGGAACGACUAAGACGCAGAUUGUGUUGGAGUCCAAAGUGGAGGAAGAGCUGGAUUUUUCGGACGACUCUGCACUGGAUGAACUACUGAGUCAAGGGGUUAAGAAGGUGUCACUGCAAGACAUCGAGGACACAGCAACAGGGACCAUGAUCAAGACCCUGCUAAGUGGCCUGCAGGGAAGCGAGAACUUUGAAAAUAAGUCUGUCAAUGUGGAAAUCAUUGAGGAACCGAUGGAGUCUUACAGUGAUGAGGAACUUGAGGUUGAGCAGAAGUCCAGAUCUAGUUUUUAUGAGCCCUGUUUCCAAAUUGAGGAGCUAGAAAAUGUCCCUGAUGGUGCUCAAGUUCAGAUGAGUGACGGUGAUGCCGUGAAAACCUCCAUGACAGAUACAGAUCAUUGCAAGGGUGGAUCUGUACGAGUUCAAGAGGUUUCGAGAGAGAGUGAAUCUUCAUAUUUCUCCCAUGACCAAGAGCCUGACGAGUAUUUUGUCUCCACUCCAGAUGAUAAUCUUUCUGAACCCGAGGAGGGUGGUGGCAUCACCUCAUAUGGCCAUUAUGGUAUCGUAGAUGACCUGUCAGAUGAGAGGUAUUAUCAAGAUGAAGGUCUUCUCUCGAAAAGAGUGAUUGUAGAGGAAAGCGACGAAUACAAGUUUAUGUCAGGGGAUCACUCGUUUGUAAAGGAGAGUUUCCCAGAGUGCAUCAUUGAAGAAGAGGUUCGCGUCUCCCCUAUAGUGCAGGAGUCAAUGCUCGAGUUCCUGAGAGAGGACUCUUUGGAGCCCAAAGAGCAGCUGAAGGGAGCUCUAGAGAAGCUACAAAGCUCAGUGUCGGGUCCACUGAGGGAGGAGUUGUCUUUCCUCACAAAAAUGGGUAGCGAAGGUUCACCGAAUAUGGCUGUCAAUGUAAAAAAAAUGCAACAUACAAGUGACAACGGCACCAUGACUAUAGUUGCAGAGAUGAACGUCUCUCAAAGUCUGGAAGACUCUGGGCUGCUGGAGGCAGGAGAUGAACUAUCAGAAGAGCAGAUCAUGGCAUCUCUCAGAUCAUCUAACCUAGGGCUGGAGAAAGCCUUCCAGGGUGGGGCAGGAGGGGGAUACAGCUUCAGAGUCACCAAAGAAGAGGAUACUGCGUAUGGUGAAGAGUUUGAAGGCCUCACUGACGAAGGAGUGUUUGAAAUCACAGAGAAAGACGUAAAACUGGGGCCAUCAGAAAAGUCCGUCACCUUCCAGAUGGACGUACAGGGCAGCCAUGCUGAGGCCUCAGAGCAAGAGCUUCAGUCUCACAGCUUGGAAGCCCCGGUGAAGAUUUCUCAAGAGAAAAGAGUUGCAACAGUUUACCUUGAAAGCCCGACAGAUUAAGAAAGAAUUUGGUCAGAAAUAUUUCAAACUGAGUGCUUGCUUACUUGUUGAAGUGCACAUAACAGAGGUUGUUCUGACGCAGCAGUCCACACACACGGCAUUAACGCUGUUUGACAAUGUAAUAAUGCUAAAAGCUUUGCAGUAAAACAUCAUAUAUGUAAAUGAUUUUGGUGCUUUCUUUUACUGUACCUACUUAAAGGUGCAGUUGGUAAGACUUAUAAAACUAACUUUCUGUCAUAUUUGCUGAAACUGACCCUAUGUUCGAGUAGAACUACAUAAAGCAGGUAAUACAAAUAAAAAUACAGCUCCUCUGGCACCACCUGCAGCCUGUAGUGCAAUUUGCAAAAAUCCACAGCUCCUUGUUCAGAUGCAUCAAUCAGGGCCAGGUACCUACUGCACCUUUAAGAGCGUGUCACCUAAAACGUGGUGUACCUUGCAUGAUUCAAGCAAAAUUCAGUUAUUUAGUUAAAAUUACCAGAUUAAACACAUAAUAAGAUAAUGUAUUAAUUGUGGCAGUUCUACUAUUAGAAAUACUGAGGGCUAACUUAAUAUGGGCUAGUUUAAGUUUAGGAUUGUAACAUCUACAUAUUGUAGUAAAAUUGUAUGUGUUAACCUUUUUACAGCUUGCAGUUAAUCUUUAAAUAGGUUUGUUUAUUCCUUCUAGAUUUCUCUAUUUUUGUACUAACCUGUGGUGUUCAUCUUAAACAGGCCAUUCUGCAGUUUACAACACCCCAUCACAUCAUGUGUCUGCCAUGUUGUUGAAUAUAUUGCAAGCCAACAUAUAACAGUUAAGAGUUAUGAGGUGCUGUGAACUGUUUGCAGAUUGGGGCUUUACUUUUUCUUUUGACUUGGGCACUGCUGCCAAAUGGAAUGGUUUUAGUACAUACUGCAUUGUGGAACACAAUUUAGUUUAUUUAAAGCAGUAGUCAGUGAUGUGUACAGAAUAUAGUGAAGCUUGGAUCUGAGGACAGUAUAGUGAGAGUGGAAAAAAAGAUGGUAAGUGGUCUUAAGAAACUUUGCAAGUUUUGAAUGCUAAAAUUAAAGUGUAGUGCAAGUGUAGCACUUAAAAGUGGUUAGGUAAUUUACAAAAUUUUCAGAUUUGACUUUUACUAACUAGAUUUCACAACUAAUGCCAUAUAACACAUUCUGAUUAAUUAGAAAAAAAGAAUUGCCUGGUAUACAACCAAAGCCAGGUUACAUGGUCAAUAUAAUGUUUGUAAAAUGUUUAUCUUUACCAUAGGUUUCUAACUUCCUAAUAGCAACAUUAUAAUCUGACCAUUUGAGUAAAAAGCUGAGUAUUCAAAAUGGUAAAUUAUAGCACUUAGAACACCAAAAAGGGGUUGUAAGUAAGAUGAAAGAAUGAAAACAAGAACAAGAAUGUUAAUGAAUUAAAAAGGAUUCAGUGAUAAUGUUGCUAAAGAAAAUAUAAUCACAUCUAGUUUUGAUGUACAGUAUUUCUUGUCUGGAUAAUUGUUGCUUGUAGACAUUUGUUGGUUAUCACAGUGUUGGCUUGAAGGAUUCACCUUUGCUCUCAAACAUGAGUGUGUCCAUGACAGUGACUAUUUUUGGAUCAUCAGCUUAGUGGCACUGACUGUUCAUUAGGGUUUGUUGUGUUGUGUACACGUUGCAGAGGCUGAAAUGGUCCACUAUGAUUACAGUCUGGUUACACGUCUUGCACAUUUUGUCUAAGUGGGUGCAAAAUUUACACUAUGUAACUAUUAAGUAAUGUCUUCACAGAUUGGCUCCUUGGCAUUAUCAUGUUAAAGAAAUAUUUAGAAAUGCAAUGUUUAGCGUGAAUGCCAUGCUUUUAUAAAUACGUUCAUUCUUGAAAAUCUACUAAAUGAAACUUCAAUUAAAAAGUCUUGUUGCUUUUAAGUGCCCAGAUUCGGCAUAUUUUCAUACAUUCGUAUCUGCAAACUGCAGCUAAACUAUUACAUCAGUGCAUUAAAAUGUAUCUUAAUAAGGAAUAUUUGUUACUGUAUAUGUACGUACACAGUACGUACACAGUGUCAUAGCAUAAAAACAAAUGUGUACAUCAGCAUACAAAAAUAUAUUGAUGUAAAAAGAAUGUUUUAUGAGUCAAAUGUUCAAUAAGUGUUGAGAUAAGAUAGUCCAACACCAUUGCUUUUAUUGACAUAAUGAUUUAUAUUGAACACAUGGCAUUAUUGCUUUGGAUACAAAAAAAAAGUUCCAGCCCUUAUUUGGAAACUGAUUCAUAUCUUAACACAAUUAAAACCUAUUGUUGGUA